AGUAUUUGCUUCCAACUUCUGUGAGAUCCAUCCACCUGAAAUGGGUGAAGCCGUGCAUUCAGAUCUCACUCACAAACUCUAAUCUCCCUCUGAUCCAAUCCCUCUCUUUCUGAGAUCUCUUCCAAAUUGCACGAAAAACCAAACCGAAGUCAAAGAAUUGACAAUUCAAAUUAACAGAAACAGAAGCAGAAGAAGGGGAAGAAGAAGAAGAUGUAUAUGGCAUAUGGAUGGCCGCAGGUCAUCCCACUGGAACAGGGUCAAUGCCCUUCUUCCCAAAAGGUCGUAUACCUCAAGGUCAUCAAUCGCUUACUGCUUGUUGUCUCUCCCUCUCACCUUGAGCUCUGGAGCUCUUCCCAGCAUAAAGUGAGACUGGGGAAGUACAUUAGGGAUUCGGAUUCAGUGCAGAAGGAAGGUGAGAAUUUGCAAGCUGUGUGGAGCCCUGAUACCAAACUGAUCGCCAUUCUUACAUCGUCUUUUUUUCUUCACCUUUUCAAGGUACAGUUUACUGAGAAAAAGAUACAACUAGGAGGGAAGCAACCCUCUGGUUUGUUUCUUGCUACUAUAUCUCUUCUUCUUAGUGAGCAGGUGCCAUUUACACAAAAGGACUUGGCAGUGAGCAAUAUUGUAAGCGAUAGCAAGCAUAUGCUACUUGGACUUUCUGAUGGAUUAUUAUAUAGUAUCUCCUGGAAGGGGGAGUUCUAUGGGACUUUUGAACUUGAUCCAUUUCCACGCGAUGGCAGUGACGCUAUCCCAUCACCACAUUCUUUAGAUAAUGGUGUUGCUUCUAAAGGGGUUUCAGGAACUGUGGUUUCUAAUCACAGCAUCUCCCGGAAGUCUUCUAUCAUCCAGCUGGAGCUUUGCUUUCCAAUGAGGUUGCUAUUUGUGUUAUAUUCUGAUGGACAACUGGUGUCAUGUUCUAUAAGUAAGAAAGGCUUAAAGCAUGCUGAAUCUAUUAAAGCUGAGAAAAGAUUGGGGGUGGGUGAUGCUGUAUGCGCUUCAGUAGCUGCAGAGCAACAAAUCCUUGCUGUUGGUACCAAAAGAGGGGUUGUGGAGUUAUAUGACCUUGCGGAAUCUGCAUCACUGAUUCGAUCUGUGUCUCUGUAUGACUGGGGAUAUUCGAUGGAAGACACUGGUUCUGUCAGUUGCAUUGCUUGGACACCUGAUAAUUCUGCUUUUGCAGUUGGCUGGAAGUUAAGAGGACUUACAGUUUGGUCCGUCUCUGGUUGUCGUUUGAUGUCAACAGUCCGUCAAAUAGGUUUAAGUUCAGUAUCUUCUCCAAUGGUUAAGCCAAUCCACGAAUGUAAAUAUGAACCUUUGAUGACUGGCACCUCACUGAUGCAGUGGGAUGAACAUGGAUAUAGGCUUUAUGCUAUUGAAGAACGAUCUUUGGAGAGGAUUAUUUCAUUUUCCUUUGGCAAAUGUUGCCUUAACAGAGGAGUUUCAGGCAUGGCAUAUGUUCGGCAAGUGAUAUAUGGUGAUGAUCGAUUGCUUGUUGUGCAGUCUGAAGAUACUGAUGAGCUUAAAAUGCUACAUCUUAACCUUCCAGUUUCGUAUAUCUCCCAAAAUUGGCCAGUUCAACAUGUAGCUGCUAGCAAGGAUGGAAUGUACUUAGCAGUUGCUGGUCUCCAUGGGUUAAUCAUAUACGAUAUACGAUUGAAGAAGUGGCGAGUGUUUGGUGACAUUACUCAGGAACAAAAGAUUCAGUGCAAAGGUCUGUUAUGGAUGGGGAAGAUUGUUGUUGUCUGCAACUACAUUGAUUCUUCUAACACGUAUGAAUUGCUUUUUUAUCCAAGAUAUCACCUUGAUCAGAGCUCGCUACUUUGUCGAAAACCAUUGCUUGCUAAGCCAAUGGUGAUGGAUGUCUAUCAACAGUAUAUACUUGUCACAUAUCGCCCAUUUGAUGUACACAUAUUCCAUGUGAAAUUAUUUGGUGAAUUGACACCUUUCAGUACUCCAGAUUUACAGCUUUCUACAGUACGAGAACUCUCAAUUAUGACUGCAAAGAGCCAUCCUGCAGCAAUGCGUUUUGUACCUGAUCAGCUUCCAAGAGAGAGCAUUUCAAACAAUCACACUUCUAAUUCAGAUCCUUUAUCAAAGGAGCCUGCAAGGUGUUUGAUACAGAGAGUUAAUGGGGAGCUUUCACUUCUUGAUUUGGACGAUGGACGUGAGAGGGAGCUUACUGAUUCUAUUGAAUUAUUUUGGGUUACAUGUGGUCAAUCAGAGGAGAAAACAAAUCUUAUUGAGGAAGUUUCAUGGUUAGAUUAUGGCCACCGAGGAAUGCAGGUGUGGUAUCCAUCUCUUGGGGUUGAUCCUUUUAAGCAGGAGGAUUUCUUGCAGUUGGAUCCGGAGCUUGAAUUUGAUCGUGAGGUAUACCCUCUGGGACUUCUUCCAAAUGCUGGUGUUGUUGUUGGUGUUUCCCAGAGAAUGUCAUUUUCAGCCUGCACAGAGUUUCCCUGUUUUGAGCCAACUCCUCAAGCUCAAACUAUAUUGCAUUGCCUUCUAAGGCACCUCAUUCAGAGGGACAAAAGUGAGGAAGCUUUAAGGUUGGCCCAAUUAUCAGCAGAAAAGCCUCAUUUUUCUCAUUGUCUGGAGUGGCUUCUGUUUACUGUGUUUGAUGCAGAAAUAUCCAGUCAAAACGCAAACAAGAAUCAGAUCUCUGUCCCUAAAUAUGCAAAGAAUUCCACUCUCUUAGAGAAGACCUGUGAUUUGCUCAGAAAUUUUCCAGAAUAUUUUGAUGUGGUCGUCAGUGUUGCAAGAAAAACUGAUGGUCGACAUUGGGCGGAUUUGUUCUCUGCUGCUGGGAGAUCAACAGAGUUGUUUGAGGAAUGCUUCCAACGUAGAUGGUACAGGACUGCUGCCUGCUAUAUACUUGUGAUUGCUAAGCUUGAAGGUCCUGCAGUCAGUCAGUAUUGUGCUUUGCGUUUAUUACAGGCAACACUUGAUGAAUCGUUAUAUGAACUCGCUGGGGAGCUGGUGAGGUUCUUGCUAAGAUCUGGAAGGGAAUAUGAACAACCAUCAACAGAUUCAGAAAGACUAUCUCCCAGAUUCUUGGGCUAUUUCGGUUUCCAUUCUACUUUCAGAAAGCAGACAUUGGAUAAGAGCACCUCAUUUAAGGAGCAGAACGCACAUGUUGCGUCCGUGAAGAACAUCUUAGAAAGCCAUGCUAACUAUUUGAUGUCAGGCAAAGAGCUUUCAAAGCUAGUUGCAUUUGUGAAAGGCACCCAGUUUGAUUUGGUGGAAUAUCUUCAAAGAGAGAGAUAUGGAAGUGCUCGGUUGGAGAAUUUUGCUUCAGGGCUGGAAUUAAUAGGACAAAAGCUCCAAAUGGGUACGCUGCAGAGCCGGUUUGAUGCAGAAUUCCUUCUGGCACAUAUGUGCUCUGUCAAGUUCAAAGAGUGGAUUGUUGUCCUUGCAACUCUUUUAAGGCGAGCUGAGGUUCUAUUCGAUCUUUUCCGGCAUGAUAUGCGGUUAUGGAAAGCAUAUAGCAUCACCCUGCAGUCGCAUGCCGCAUUUUCUGAAUACCAUGAUCUUCUUGGAGAUUUGGACGAGCAACUUUCAUCCAUUGCUUAUGAAGAGAAGUGAGGUUACACUGGUACCUGUAAAUCUGUUUUCUGCUUGACAACAAAUUGUUUGCGGAGUAACAUGUCGAUCAGAUCAUGUAAAGAUCAAUAAGCAACUAACUCAACCUGCGGAAGAGCCAGAUGAGGAGCACUGAGUUGACGCCGAAGGUCUACCCAAAUACAAAUUUUUUUAUUUUAUUACAAUAAUCAAAUUACUGGCCUCGCUGAAAUUAGAUAUUCAUGUAGAUAAGGAUGGCUGGGAACUUCUGUUAGGGAGUUCCAUGCAAAGUCUUGCUCUGAGGUUUUAGUUUUAGUUUUCUUCAUUUAUCACAUAUUGUAUAUUUUUUUUGGCUAGUAUUACAAGGCUAUUUGUAUGAGUUUUUGUUUUGGUAAACAUUUGUAUGAGUUUUUUUUAUUGGGUAAACAUUUGUAUGAGUUUUUUUUUA